ACCAACUGAACCAGCGAAGAAGUUCUGGUUGUAGCGGCAAUGAAAGAACAGCGUGCUACUUCUAAGUUGACUAAACAUAAGCCAUCGCAGAGAUAACGUGAACACCGUAGAAACUGCAUCCAGGAUUUAGUUUCAUAACCAGGGGUCGGAUUUGAGUCAACGUCGGAAAGAUGUCUUUGGUUUGUGCGAUCUCCAAUGAAGUCCCGGAACAUCCAUGCGUCUCACCGGUGUCAAACCAGGUAUUCGAGCGCCGGCUGAUCGAGAAGUACAUUGCAGAGAAUGGGACGGACCCGAUGAAUGGGCAGCCUCUGUCUGAGGAGCAACUCGUCGACAUCAAAGUGUCCCAUCCAAUUCGACCGAAGGCGCCAUCAGCUACAAGUAUUCCGGCCAUUCUAAAAUCCCUGCAAGAUGAGUGGGAUGCUGUUAUGCUCCAUAGCUUCACGCUGAGGCAGCAGCUGCAGACAACUCGCCAAGAAUUGUCUCAUGCUCUCUAUCAACACGAUGCUGCAUGCAGAGUCAUCGCUCGUCUCACCAAAGAGGUCACUGCUGCCAGAGAAGCUCUUGCCACUCUGAAACCUCAGGCUGGUUUGAUCGCUCCUCAAGCUGUUCCGGCUACUCAGCCAACAGCAACGGGUCCUGGUGGAGAACCUAUGGAGAUUAGUGAGCAGGUGGGAAUGACCCCUGACAUCAUCCAGAAGCUUCAAGACAAGGCUACCAUUCUCACUACGGAGAGAAAGAAGAGAGGAAAAACUGUCCCAGAAGAACUGGUUCGCGCGGAGGAUCUUAGCAAAUAUCGUCAAGUGGCUUCCCAUGCUGGUCUUCACAGUGCCAGUGUCCCUGGAAUUUUGUCUCUGGAUCUUUGUCCCUCUGACACCAACAAAGUACUCACAGGCGGAGCUGACAAGAACGUGGUCGUGUUUGACAAGAGCGAAGAGCAGAUUGUUGCCACUCUCAAGGGUCACACCAAGAAAGUCACCUCGGUCAUCUACCAUCCAUCCCAGUCUGUGGUUUUCUCUGCCUCUCCGGACACCACAAUCCGUGUGUGGUCCGUCACCGGCGGCAACUGUGUUCAAGUGGUGCGAGCCCAUGAGGCUGGCGUCACUGGGCUCUCUCUUCAUGCUACUGGAGACUAUCUGCUCAGUUCUUCUGAGGAUCAGUACUGGGCUUUCUCUGAUGUCCAGACUGGACGUGUGCUCACUAAAGUCACUGAUGAAAGUGCUGGCUGUGCUCUUACAUGUGCUCAGUUCCACCCUGAUGGUCUCAUCUUUGGUACUGGCACUGCUGACUCACAAAUUAAGAUCUGGGAUCUGAAGGAGCGCACCAAUGUGGCCAACUUCCCAGGCCACUCUGGACCUGUUACCUCCAUCGCCUUCUCUGAGAAUGGAUACUAUCUGGCUACAGGUGCCCAGGAUAGUUCCCUGAAACUUUGGGAUCUGAGGAAACUGAAGAACUUCAAGACCAUCACCCUGGACAACAACUAUGAGGUCAAGUCUCUGGUGUUUGACCAGAGUGGAACAUACCUGGCUGUCGGCGGAUCCGACAUCCGAGUCUACAUCUGCAAACAGUGGUCUGAGGUCCUCAACUUCACAGAACACUCUGGUUUGGUGACUGGAGUGGCCUUCGGAGAAAACGCGCAGUUCCUCACCUCGGCCGGAAUGGAUAGAAGUCUCAAGUUUUAUAGUUUGUAGAAUGUUGAGAGGGAUGAUCACAUCUGUACCGGUUGUGAAUUCUGAUCUUCUCCAGGAAGUUGCGACCUGACUGCUGCACCUGAGUUUGUCAGAGUGCACUUGCUGUUGAUAAUUAAUUAGACAUGCUUUGUUUUUGUUUUGCAUUCGGAAAACAAGUGGUGGGUGAAUAGCCCAAACGCUGGUGUUUAUUUUUAAGGAAUGAACUUUGCUUCUUCAGUGUGUUAGUCCAUGUGCAACAAUAUCAAGAUUAAGUGACUCAACGUACAGAAACCAAUGACAUGUUCUCGUCCGAAAUUAUUUUGUUUUUGUACAAAUUCCUCAAGAUACUGUUGGUGUUCGCUGAGGAAUAUGGCUUCCUCUUUUAGAGCAAAUUGAUGUUCAUAUAAUUGAGGUCUGAUGAAAAGUAGCUGAGCUGAGUCCAUGUAAAAGAAUAUUCUGUACAAAGGUUUUAACACCGCCACUUUCACUUCCCGUUUUACUUUAAUCAUUCGAACAUUUUUUUUUCCUGUUAUUUCUGUUGCCAUUUUACAUGUCGCAGCAGUUCCCUUUUACAAUAAAAUAUCUUUUGUA